GGGCGUGCCCGGAAGGAGCCCCGUCGUGCGGGCGGGAGUAGGGUUGCUAUGGAUACGGCGUGAGGACCCGGUCGCGGUCCGAACUGAGCUGGGGGAGACUCCGAGCGCCCCAUGGGGCCGAAGCGGCCUAAGAGCGGAGGCAGCUCCCCCGGGGGCGCCGGACCCGCUGCCAAGAGCUGGGAGGCCGGACUGGUGUCCGCCCGCCUGGAGGAGGAUAAUUGGAAGCCUAGCAUUGCUUUUGUUGUUGGGAACAAAAUUGAGGAUGAAGUCCACACACAAGCCUUGUCUCUUGCUGUGCAGGUGCCACAGCGGAAGCUCUUCAGCGAGGUAUCGUGGGAAGGAAUUUUGGGACAGAUCAUGGAAGCUGGAAGUCAAAAGGGAAAAAAGGUUAAAGAGGUGCCUAUGUAUUGUGAGGUGAUAGAGACAGCCAAAGCCAUUCUGGAUAGUGGAGAGCAGCUUCCUGUAACACUGAUUGGAAAACUAUUGAAAUUUCAGCUGCUUUGCAUCAAACAGAAGGACCUGCAGAGAAGAGCCGCUGAAAAGAAGGCAGCAGAAGAGCGAGAGAAGGAGAAAGAAAAAGAUAAAGGGAAAGCUAAACCUCCUGGCAAGAAGGAAAAGCCACCCAGUGCCAAAUCUGCAGGAAAAGGAGGGAAGGGAAAGAAAGCUGAAGCAGUACCAACAGCAACUACUAUUAAAAAGGACACCACACUAAAGCGACGGGGAGAAGAAGAGGAAGAUGACAAAUAUUUGGAUGAUGAGCCAGAUGAUGGUGCCCAAUAUUACUUCAUAAUUUGGGGUUUCCACAACCCUCAGUUACUGCCUGUACUGUCUGAGCUUGGGGUCAGUAUCUCAAAUGUAAUUAAGAUUUCUUCUGAAAAUUACGAGCCAUUGCAGACAUACUUGGGAGCAGCUAAACUGCAAGAAGAAUCAUUACUUACACCUGAAGUUGUAGAAGCUGAAAAAAGGAAGAAAGCUAAAGCCAUCAAAGAUUUGGAAACGUUCUGGAAAUACUUGGAGCCAAUUCUGAACAGUGGGAAACAUGGAUCAUCUCUCUUUGAUGUUGCCAGACUUCAUCACAUAGUAAAGGAAAAUACCUUUCCCACAGACUGGACUAAUAGUGAUAUGAUGCUUGCAUUUGGAACUGUGCUAUUUGAAAGCAUGGCUUGUUUGAUGUAUGACUGUCUGGACUGGAAAAGACAACAUCAGCACUACUUGGAAAACACCAACUUUAUUAAUGUCCCUGUAAUAACAAAGAACAAACAGGCACAUCUAGUUUCUCCCACUAUCCCUUCAAAGAAGAAAGUACAAACAGAAGAAAUUCUAGUACCAGGAAUUCUACCACAGGAGGAAGAAGUUUCUUUUCUGCCUCCUUAUGUGGACAUGAGGUAUUACAAUGAUUUGCUAAGUCAGAUUCCUGAAGAAUUCAUUUCUAUUCCUUUAAUAAUGAACUGCAUGUUGGAACAGGUCAUUGCAACUGAAGAAGGUCUUACACCACCAAGUCUGGUGGUCCCAGAACCACGAGCAGAUGGGCUGGAUCAUAGCCUUGCAGAGCAUAUAGUCUCAAUCCUUCCCUCUCUUGCCCUCUCUGAGAGUGAAAAAAAGAAUCUCUACAACUCCUUUUUCCCUAAUGGCAAUGAAGAAAAGACUGUGGUCCCCAAAUGGCCUCUUCUAUUAAACUAUCAUGAUAUUUUGUCUCAGAGGCUACACCUGCUAAAGGUCCAAGGGGGCUUAAACCCAAAAAAGAUUGAACAGGAUAUGAUGGACAAGCUGCCACUGGUGGAACUUCUUCAAUUCCCCCUUCCUCCACCUGGAAACAACACUAAACGCUUGGCCAGAGUUCAUGAGCUCAUGCAUUAUUGCACCAGUGAACUCUUGAGUUGGGCUGAAGUAGAAAGAGCCUUCAAAGUGUUUACUUUUGAAAGCCUGCGGCUGACUGGGGUGGAUGAUUCUGGCCUCCUGGAGGGCUCAGGGGUGAUGCUUGGAGGUGAUUAUGAAGUAUCUUAUAUUCCAUGGGAUAAUCCGGCCAGGUUUGCAAGACAUCUGAGACAACUAUCUAUGGUGGAAAACCUGUUUGAUGAGAAAACUCCCAAUGGCUCAGUGCAUAUAGAAAAGAAUGACAAACGUGGAGGAGACGGUCUGGCUGAUCCUAUUGUAAACAAAGUUAAACAACAGAGGCAUGGGCCGGAGACAGAUUUAGUGGAAAUACAAAAGACUCAGCAGCGGCAUUUGACAGACUGGAGUUUUGCUGAACAUUAUGAGCCAUGUCUUCUUCUUCAGGUUUUACACAAUGCAACCCAACAAUACAGGUGUAUUGAUUCCUAUUACCACACCCAAGAUAACUCUCUGCUUAUAGUCCUUCACAAUCCAAUGAAUCAACACCGUCAGUGCAAGGAAUCCUGGGAUAUUGCAAUGCACUCUGAUGUUGGAUUCAGAAACUAUCUGGAGCUAGUGGCCAACUCAAUUGAAGACUGGGUGACAAAGGAAGAAACCAAAUAUCAGGAAGAAAAAAUGGCUAAGGAACUGGAAACCCUUAAACUAGCUAAAGCCAUGACAGAGAGACCUCCUGAAGAUAAACCCUGUGCCUCCACUAGCAAAAAAACUGCAUCUCCUAAGAAAACAAAAAGCAGUACAUCAAGACUGGACAGUAAAGCAGAGGUCACACCAGAACUUCCAGAAAAAAAUCCUUUUGUCAGAGAAGGCUCCCUCAAGGCUUGGAAGGAAGAGCAUGAUCGACUACUAGAGGAAGAACGACUAAGGGAAGAAAAGAAAGCCGAGAAGAAAGAAAAGUCAGGUGGUAAAAAGAAAGGACAGAGCAAGGAGAUACCAGUGCCUGAUGACAGCAAGGGAUCCAAGACAAAAUCUUCCAAGGAGAAGUCUAAAGAUGAGACAGCAAAAAUCUCUGAACUUGAGGAGCAUAGUACCCCAGCACCACCCUCUGAGAAAGUUUAUGAGUUUCUUGGCUACAAUGUGGGGGAGGAUCUCAUUCAAGUCUCAGGGACCAGUCAAUAUCUUUUCCCCACUGAUGGAGGACAGAUCCAAGCAGAAAAGAUAAAAUUUGAAAAGGGGACAACUUUGGUAAAAAUGAAGGUGGUAAAGGAUCGCCACAGUUUCUUCAUUCAUAUCACAGACCCCAAGAAAAACUUGAUAGAAAGUGAAGGACAAGAAAUGAGCAACUCUUUGGAAGGGCAGCAGAGUGAGACAGUUUCACAGCUCGUAGGAGGGAGCCAACCACAUAUUCCUAUUGGACCCAUGCCAAGAAAAUUAAUAAAUCAAAAGAAAGCUGUGAGCAAGUUUGGAUCUUUUUCAGCCACUUUGGAAAAUGGAAUCCAGCUAUCCUUGAGCUACUAUGGAGCUACAGGAAAAGCAGCAGAUGAUACAGACCCUAACUUAGCAACAAUUCUGAAUAUCCCCUCCGUACAUAUUCCAACUGUUGCUCCCACUCCUGUUGCUGCUUCCACUUCUUCAGGAAAAAGCAACAAGUCACUGAAACAAAAAUCAGCAAAAUCUCUGCAGUCUGCCAAAGGAAGCCAUGUCAAGUUAAUCACUCCACCACCGGAAGAGUCUCCAAAGCAAGAAGAGAAAAAGGUAGAAAUAGAACCAUCAACACCUCAAACACAAGCGGUGCCAGAUGUCCCUGUUUUCCAGACUUUGAAUGCCUCUUGCUCCAACGGGCUGGUAUUAACUUUCCUUGGUCAAAAUUCUAUAGAUUUGAAAGCUGAGUCUAAGGAAGCUGAAGCCAAGGCAGAUGAAGCCAACAAAAGUGAAACCAAGGCAGAUGAGGCCAAGGAAGAUGAGGCCAAGGCAGAAAAAGCCAAGCAACCUACUCUGGAAAUCCUAGUUAGGCAGAGUUAUCCCCAAAGGGUGAAGCAUUCCCAUCUGUACAAAGCAGUGAAGAAACCAGUAGAACAGGAAGUGUCUAGAGUCAUUACCAGCCAAGGAACUGUCGUAAAGUACAUGAUUGAUGGAUCCACCCAGGUUCUUUUUCCUGAUGGCACGGUGAUCAAGAGUCCCGAUUCAGUUCUAACAUCAUCACCUGCAGUUAGUACACGAUCAUCCAUUGUUGAGACUAGCCUACAGAGCCAACCAUUGCCAAAACUGGUGCCUUCUACUGACAUCAGCACUAAAAAAGGAAAGCUUGGCCACAAAGGUAGCACAGCACCAGCAGCCAAAUAUGAGUUGCCUGAAUCUGCUGUUCAGGAACCCCUGCCUACUCUGCUACAACCUGUAGACAACCAAUUAGGCACCUGGAUAACAACCAUCCCAUCAGGCAUUCAAGUGGGCACUAAGGGAGCAAACAGAAUGGAUCUGAAGCCACUGUUAACUUAUCAGGCAACUGACCCAGUUAAUGGAAUGGUUAUGAUAAUGCGAGAAGACAAGGUGCUAAUGGUUCAGAAAAUGGAUGAUACCAAGAUAGUGGAUCAUGCUGAUGGUACUAGAAUCACCACAUUUUAUCAAGAUUAUGAGGAACCUUUUGUAUCUGAGGAUAAUGAAGAAAUAGGUGAAUCUCCACAAACUAUCAGAAGGAAAGUAAAAUGCAUACGAGUGGAGAAUCCUGACUUUGCUACGGUUAUAACAAACUGUGAAGACAGCACCUGUUGUACCAUCUUUGGAGAUGGGACAUCUAUUAUAGCAAAGCCACAGGGAACAUAUCAGGUGUUACCCUCCAGUACCGGCUGCCUUUUCAUUGAUGAUGAUUGUUCAGCAGUUUAUUCCCAUGAGAUUUUCAAUAAAACUCAGCUUCUCUGCAAGCGUGAAGAGAAACAAGCAGGGAGAUACGUUAUGAAACACACCUCCAAUGUUAUCUGUGAGAUGCUGGAUCCUGAAGGAAAUCUUUUCAAGGUCAUGGCUGAUGGCAGCACAUCUGUGUUCAUUCCCAGCAUUGAUUCUGAUGGUGAGGAAGAUGGAUGCUUAGUACCAAUACCAAAAGAAGUUCAUACUCCUGUCACAUAUGGUGAACAUGCCCCCAGGUUCUUCAUUGUCUAUGCUGAUGGUUCAGGGACUGAACUCCUUCGGAACAGUGACAUAGAAGAAUACCUUGCUUUGGCGUAUGGUGAUCCAGCUACUGCAGUCUUGCAAGAGCCAGUACAAGAAUGUCCAGGUGUUCUAAGUAUUACUGUUCUCCGUCCAUUGACUGAAACGUCUCCCUGGGUAAUGAAGAGAGAAUCAUCCAGUAUUGUUCCUCCAAGCCUCCAGUCCAGGAACUGGGAUACGUUUCCUCCAUUUGAGAGGAAGAUUCCAGGUCCACCUUUUGGCACACAUAUUUGGAAAGGUCUGUGCAUAGGAUCCAAAGAGCUGACUGGCUCUCCAGCACCUGUACUAAAAUGCCCUAAUGUGCUACAAAUCCGUCAGCUGAUCCAGUAUGAGCCAGUCAGUGAUGAGCUGAGACAGAAGCUGCAGCUGUCCCUCAAGGAAUACAUAGAUUACAUCCUGAAGCAGGAAGAUGAGAUGCAAGAGAUGACCAUUAAAGAACCAAGAACAGAGGAAGAGAAGGGUAAUGCUGCUGACCUCCUCAAACUGGUUAUGUCUUUCCCUAACUUGGAGAAAUCAUCUGAAGAUCUCAACACUAGAGCUCAGAUAGUUGAGUUAUAUGAGCAGGCUGUGGAUUCUCAGCUCCAAAGUCCACCAAGGAAGACAGUGUCAAAGCAAACUGAAGACUACUGGCAGAGUUUCAGCAAGGACAGAUUAACCCAGAUAUCUCACUGGCAGACAAAAAUAGAGCAGUCCAGGCAGGAACUUGAUGAAGGAAGGAAGUGCCUAAUAGCAAUAAAAAACAGAAUAAUUCCACCCUAUUUUGAAUCUGAACUCGGCAAGGAAUUUCUCCUGAAAAAGUUCCCUGAUGUGGAUUCACUUUCUAAAGAACUUCCUCCGUUUCCAAAGAAAGAGAGAGAGAAGCCGUCUGUGGAGACAGUCACAGAAUUUGUUAGGAGUACGUCUGAGCUCAGGGCAGAAUCUACAGGUCUGUUUGUCCCAACCAGUGAUUCCCCACACUCACUGAAUCCUCAGACACACAGUCCUUCAGCACAGACUGAAGUUUCCAGCAGAGCAGAAGUGGGAACAGCUGUGUGCACAUCUGGGAUACCCUUCCGGUCUCACACCCAGAGCUUGCUGGUGGAUGCUGCGGGGCAGCCAAGAAAAGAGAAGGUGAAAUUACCAUUAUCAAUCCAGGGGUGCAAGCCAGAAUCUGUACCCAAUGAAAAGGUAGAAGAUCCUGUUGGGGGAAAAGUCAACACAUCUUCUGUUGCAACAGCAACUAAGCAUCUUUGUGGAUUCCAUCUCAUCCCACCUAAAGUGAUAUUUGGGGUGCUGAAGGAGGGUUGUACUUAUGCCGCCACAGCCACUCUGAAAAAUGUUGGAGUGGACUUCAUAAGGUUUCGGGUGAAGCAGCCACCUCCCAGCACAGGACUGAGAGUGAUUUACACACCGGGGCCUGUGGCAGCCGGGUUGCAGGCUGAACUGGAGAUCGAGAUUUAUGCCAUGGCAAUUGGAGUGGAAGGUACCGAGGGCUCUGGAGAAAUUUCCCACCGUAUUGAAAUUUUAACAGAGAGGGAGACGCUGUUCCUGCCUGUGGAGGCAACAGUGUUAACAGGUGAUAUUUAUGAGCGCAGGCCACAGGGCUACCCUGAGGGGGGCCAGGCAGCUACAGUCCGGCUGGUUUCUACAAGUCCCACCCCCAGGUUCAGGAUUAUACUACCCCACAAACUUCCUGGCUAACGUAAGUGCCGCCGAUGAAACAUUGCAACUUCUAGCUGAAGAGUAUUAGCUGAGCCUUGUCUUGCCUACUCAUCCACCCCAGGAUCAAGUCCUGCACCACCAACAGCAGGAGCCAGACACAGCUGAGUGCUGAGCAUUAAAGGGAAGGAAUUGGAUGAUGUUAAUGAAAGGACUUGGCUGCUACAAGUUUUCCCAAUUACUCAGUCCCAAAGAAGUCACUCCCAGCAGAGAGGCACAGUCUCUGCUUAUCGCCUCCACCUAAACCCCUUGGCAGACACACUCUCUUCUCCCACUGGCUCACAUCCACCUGCACAGCAAGAAGGUGGCUUUCAGCAAGUAGCAGCUUUGUAGGUGCAAAUGGCUUUUUUGGUGUUCUGAGUCUCACUGGAGUCAAUAGGGCUCUGCCUGUUGAUCCCAAGACCAUUCCAUGAAAUUCUGUAAUUGAUCAGAAGCAGUGUUCAGACGUUAUACAGACAAACACCAUUGAGUUUAGCAUAGGGCCUCCUUUCACUCUGCCAAAAAUAUAGUUGCACUAUUUCCUUUUUGAAUACCAAAAAUAUUUCUCAAAGUUUCAUAGAAUUAUUUUACUUUACUUUAAGGUCAGAAGGGACCAUUAUGAUCAUCACAGGCUCCAGAAUCUCACCCACACACUCCUGUAUC